UAGAUACAGGUAUAUUUUGGCAGAUCGCUCGAUUGUACUCGGGUUGUGCUUAAGAUGUGAUUUUAUAUGACCAAGACCGAUUCGUUUAAUAUGUAGGAGAUGUUUGAUAGUACGUAGCCAAAUAAAGUUAAAAUCGCAUGAGUCUUGGGCAGGAAAGCCGUCGAUUUUGAAGCUUCCAGUAGAAGCGAUAAAUGACAACUGGCAGCAUCGUAUCGACGAGCCGCAUUCAUAUCAUGAGUUGAGAAGAUAUAAUAUACGUCGCUCGACAAGCUACCGGAGCAGUGACAGAGGGAGUCCAUCCGCUCCACGACGACCGUGGCUUGGAGCUUACCGGCUGCACAAGUGCAAGCGCCCAAGUAGCGGCAAUACUCAUGUUUGAGGCAAACUACACAUAACACAACAACAGAUCGCGUACUUUAGCACGCACACGCACAAGCAUGACAUAUACCUACACGUAACUUGUACACAACACACAUAGAUUAUCUAGCAGAGUAUAGGUAUAGUCAUAGUAGCAGCAGCAGCAGCAGAGCCAAAGAGGGCCGCAAUUGGAACAGUAGCAGUAGGCCAGCGCGCGAUCGCUGCGUGCAAUUCGUCGUGGCACCCAAGAGAUUGAAAAUUCGCAAGACUGGACUAGGGCUUACAGCAGUCACUAGUCUCUAGUCUUGUAAGACGGCGCAGUGCAGACUGCCAAACUACGAGUGCUGAGGUGUGCGGACUGUGGUUCAUCGAGUCUGUCGUCAGCGCGGUGCGCCUCGAUCCGAACGUCAGGAACACCUUAGCAUAGCGGCCCAACAUGUCCGAGCUCGACAGCUGGAUUGAAAUUGCCAAGGAAUGCAAGUACCUGCCAGAAAACGAUCUGAAGAAAUUAUGCGACCUCGUCUGUGACAUCCUCCUCGAGGAGUCCAACAUUCAGCCAGUCUCUACUCCAGUCACCGUCUGCGGCGAUAUCCACGGUCAGUUCUAUGACUUGGAAGAGCUUUUUCGAAAUGGCGGACAGGUGCCUGAUACAAAUUACAUAUUUAUGGGGGAUUUUGUUGAUCGAGGAUAUUAUAGUUUAGAAACGCUUACUCGCCUAUUAACACUAAAAGCCAAAUAUCCUGACAGAAUAACUUUGCUCCGAGGAAAUCAUGAAUCUAGGCAAAUCACUCAUGUUUAUGGUUUUUAUGAUGAGUGCUUGAAUAAAUAUGGAAAUUCAAAUCCAUGGAAAUAUUGCUGUAGGGUAUUUGAUUUACUCACAAUUGCUGCCUUAAUAGAUGAUCAAAUUCUCUGUGUGCAUGGAGGAUUAUCACCACUUAUCAACACGUUAGAUCAAAUUAGGAUAAUUGAAAGAAAACAAGAAAUCCCUCAUAAAGGUGCUUUCUGUGAUUUGGUUUGGUCGGACCCUGAUGAAGUUGAUACCUGGACUGUUAGUCCUAGAGGUGCUGGUUGGUUGUUUGGAGCUACAAUAACUGAUAAAUUUAUGCACAUAAAUGAUCUUAAACUUAUAUGCAGGGCUCAUCAGUUAGUUAAUGAAGGCUAUAAGUACAUGUUUGAUGACAAAUUAGUAACUGUUUGGUCAGCUCCUAAUUAUUGUUAUAGAUGUGGCAAUAUAGCUAGUAUUUUACAGUUCGACAGUUGCGAUGAAAGAACUCCGGUGCUAUUUGAGGCGGUGCCAAAGAAUGAGCGAGUGAUUCCUCCUACAGUCACCACCCCCUAUUUCUUGUGAUUUUGGAACAAUGUGAUGCAACAUUGGGCCUCUAAAUUAUCGUCCAGCAGACUGUGCGGAAUGUGAAGCAAUCGAGCACUCGAGUAAAUCAUGUUCCGAAAUUAUUUAUUAAUUUCAUUGUUAAAUGGAUCGUUUUAACAUUUUUAACUUUAAGGUGGGAAAAUAAAUUAUCACCAUUCUAUUAAGCACAUCGACGUUUUGUAAAGAUUUUGCAGAAGCUUUAUUAUGAGGUUUUAUAGAAAAAUUAGGGUUUUUAAAAAACCAAUGGCUGUAAAUUUUGCUCUUUCUAUAAUGGUCGAGUUCAAACAGAGAAUGAGCUAUGUAUAGUAACGUUGCGCUUUUAUUGUUACUUAUAAUGUAUAAUUUACGGAGCAUGUGCGUUUUGAAUGAGAGAAAAUAACGCUUGUUUUGUUUUAUAAAUCAAUUUUGAGAACUUUCGUAAAAAGUUCAAAUGAAAAUGUAUUUCAUUUCGAUGAUGACAUAAAAUUUUAAUUAAAAACAUUCCGAUAAAGCUCAGAGGUAUGAAUGUUUUACUAUAUAAAUAAUAUCAAUGGUGUAGAAAUCAGCUUUAGCACCAAAGGAACAUACAAUUAGUAUCGAUAAGGUCUUCCUGAUGAGAGAGGAUUAAAAGAUUUAAUUCUAUUUUCAAUUAUGUGCAGAGAUUUGUGCCCAUGUAAAAAUAAUUAUUAAAAUUGUAAAUUUA